UACUCACUCCCUUACUAAUCAGAAUCUCCACCUCCGACACCAUGGUCAACUCCUGCUGUGGCUCUGUCUGCUCUGAGGAGGGCUGUGGCCAAGGCUGCUGCCAGCCCAGCUGCUGUGUGUCCAGCUGCUGCAGACCCAGCUGUUGUGUGUCCAGCUGCUGCAGGCCCAGCUGCUGCAGACCCCAGUGCUGCCAGUCUGUGUGCUGCCAGCCCACCUGCUGCCGCCCCAGCUGCUGCCGCCCCAGUUGCUGCAUCUCCAGCUGCUGCCAGCCCUCCUGUGGUAGUUCUAGCUGCUGUGGCUCCAGCUGCUGCCAACCCUGCUGCCAGCCCUGCUGCCAGCCCUGCUGCCGCCCCUGCUGCCAGCCUUGCUGCUGCCUGCGCCCAGUCUGUGGUCAGGUCUGCUGCCACAGCACUUGCUACCGCCCGACCUGUGUGAUCUCUACCUGCCCCCGCCCCAUGUGCUGCGCCACCCCUUGCUGCUGAGACCCCUGCCAUAGAUCCACUUUCUUCUCUAUAGAUUCAGAUCUUUUGUGAGUGUAAUUUAACUUGAAACACGUGGAAUGGAUUGAUACCAUGAAAUUCAGCUUCAUGAGUCCAGUGAGGAGCCAGACCAUAUGGAUGAUGUCUGGAGUCUGGAUUUCACCUGGAAACAAAUUUUAUGGAGCCAGCAAACAACUGGAAAAACACUCCUCUUCACACCCUCUCUAUAGGACUUUGCAGUUGGAGUAAUCUAAUAUAUGCCUGUACCAAAGGAAACUUCCAUAUUUUCUGCAAUAAAAACUCAGUAUGACUGUUGCUCUUCUAA